AGGAGAUGCUGCCCGGCACAUCCACCAUCACGUGGGGCCACUUGACACCUCUGAGGCCAGCCUGGUCCAGGAAGGACCCACCUGAGUAUGGAUUCCCAUCUGCAUUUAGCAAGUUACCCAAGCCUCUGUUUCUUCAUCAGUAAAAUGGGAAUAUGAGUGUCUAUUCCUCAGGGUUUUGUGCAGAUUGAGAAAAACGUCGUAUGAAGCCACUAGCACAAUGCUUGCUUAGCACAUUGGGGGCACUCAACAAAUCUUAGUUAUCUUUCCUCCCUCUUGGAAAAACGGGAGGUAAAAAGGGUCCCCAAAUUGGGCAGAGACAGACGCAGUAGACGGGCAAUAACUGUUUGUUGAAUGAAUGUGCUCAAGGGAGCUUCAGCACCGCCUCUCCGCCUGACUUCCAGAAUCCGCAGGCAGAGCCCUGGAUCCGACAGGCAUAGCCAUGCCGGUGCUGUCCGAGGACUCAGGUUUGCAUGAAACCCUGGCGCUGCUGACCUCUCAGCUCAGACCUGAUUCCAACCACAAGGAGGAGAUGGGCUUCCUGAGGGAUGUUUUCAGUGAGAAAAGCCUCAAUUACUUAAUGAAGAUUCACGAGAAGCUUCGCUAUUACGAGAGGCAAAGUCCAACUCCAGUCCUGCACAGCGCCGUGGCCCUUGCUGAGGACGUGAUGGAGGAGCUGCAGGCUGCCUCUGUGCACAGCGACGAGAGGGAGCUUCUGCAACUGCUGUCCACCCCCCACCUUAGGGCCGUGCUCAUGGUACAUGAUACGGUUGCCCAGAAGAAUUUUGACCCUGUUCUCCCCCCUCUGCCUGAUAAUAUUGAUGAGGAUUUUGAUGAGGAAUCCGUGAAGAUUGUCCGCCUGGUGAAGAACAAAGAACCCCUGGGAGCCACAAUCCGGCGGGACGAGCACUCGGGGGCUGUCGUGGUGGCCAGAAUCAUGCGAGGGGGCGCGGCAGACCGGAGCGGCCUGGUCCACGUUGGAGAUGAGCUCCGGGAAGUGAAUGGGGUCGCGGUCCUGCACAAGCGGCCCGACGAGAUCAGCCAGAUUCUGGCUCAGUCCCAGGGAUCCAUUACCCUGAAAAUCAUCCCAGCCACGCGGGAGGAGGAUCACUUAAAGGAGAGCAAGGUGUUCAUGAGGGCCCUUUUCCACUACAAUCCGCGGGAGGACCGGGCCAUUCCCUGCCAGGAGGCAGGCCUGCCUUUCCAGCGCCGGCAGGUGCUGGAGGUGGUGAGCCAGGAUGACCCCACGUGGUGGCAGGCCAAGCGAGUGGGGGACACCAACCUUCGAGCCGGCCUCAUCCCCUCCAAGCAGUUCCAGGAGAGGCGCCUGAGCUACCGGAGAGCCACGGGCACCCUGCCGAGCCCCCAGAGCCUCAAGAAGCCCCUCUAUGAUCAGCCUUGUGACAAAGAGACCUGUGACUGUGAGGGAUACCUCAAAGGGCACUAUGUGGCUGGUCUCCGGAGGAGCUUCCGGCUGGGCCGCAGGGAGAGGCUGGGCAGCCCCCAAGACGGGAAGACGGCCACAGUCGCUGAGUCUCCAGAGCUGCUGACCUAUGAGGAGGUGGCCAGGUACCAGCACCGGCCCGGUGAGCGGCCCCGCCUGGUGGUUCUGAUCGGGUCUCUGGGAGCCCGACUGCAUGAACUGAAGCAGAAGGUGGUGGCAGAGAACCCACAGCACUUUGGUGCUGCAGUCCCACAUACCACCAGGUCCCGAAAGAGCCAUGAGAAGGAGGGAGUGGAAUAUCACUUUGUCUCUAAGCAAGCAUUUGAGGCUGACUUACAUCACAACAAGUUCCUGGAGCAUGGUGAAUAUAAGGAGAAUCUCUAUGGGACCAGCCUGGAGGCCAUUCAAACUGUUAUGGCCCAAAACAAAAUUUGUUUGGUGGACGUGGAGCCAGAAGCACUGAAACAACUGAGGACCUCAGAGUUCAAACCCUAUAUUAUAUUUGUGAAGCCAGCGAUUCAGGAGAAAAGGACACCACCUAUGUCCCCAGCUUCUGAGGACACAGCGGCCCCGCUUGAUGAGGAGCAGCAAGAGAUGGCCACCUCUGCCGCCUUCCUAGACCAGCAUUACGGGCACCUGGUGGACGCCGUGCUGGUGAAGGAGGACCUCCAGGCUGCACACAGCCAGCUCAAAGUGAUCUUAGACAAGCUGAACCAGGACACUCACUGGGUACCUGUUAGUUGGGUCAGGUAACUCCAUCCUUGACCGUCCAGGCUGAAGGGGACCUUGGCCACCAUCUAGUCCAGCCUUCCUCAUUUUACCAUCAAGGAAUUGCAAGUGCAGAGAAGGGUGGAAUUCUCCAUCAAGAACAGUGAAGUGGGAAGUCUUAUUUGUGUUGGUUUUUGUCUGUGGUUUUUCACUGUCCCCUUUUGGAUCAGAAAACCUGACUUCCAAGGGACGUAUCACAAAACACAUUUCAUUCAUUAAAGUAUCACAGGCAAAUUGACCCUGAUUCUUUGAACCAAAGUUAAGUAUGCACUGUCUUUUGGGGAGGGGUGGUUAAUUUAUAAAGUACCAAUUUGCAGAGAUGUUUAAGCUUUAUACACAUAGGGACGCUUCAUUUAUUCAGGUUUGUUGGAAGCUAAGUUGUUUUACCCAAGGAUUUCCCACACAACUGGAGCUCCCUUGUCUUCAAGCCUUUUUGAUAGUGAGCACUUGCCUGUCAAUAGACAACUUGCUUCUCUGUCUUUUGAAAUAGUGAGCAAACACUAACUUUUUCUGGAAGACAAAGGCACACUUCACCAUCAACGUAAAUUACUGUCACGUUCUAUGUGUAAUACAGUAAUGCCUUCAGGGACUCAUGAGGAAUGUAAGGCUGCUUGCCCGCUUUCUAAAUACCGUCAGACUCCUCAAAUUGAGCCCUGUGUCUGCUUUUUUUUCGAUUCCUCGAUCCAUGAGUUGUCCCUUUUGUUAUUGGCAGCCACCCUGGCUCUAACCUGUCCCCUCCUCCUUCCCAGCAUAGGGAUUCCUGUUGUGCGAGACCAUGGGAAACCAGAUGACUCCCCUGUCAAAAUUAUGUCUAAAACACGAAAAAUCAGUUCUGUCAAAAUAAAAGUAUAUAGACUCUGAGUGUGAGCCUAAUGGGUUAUCUCUGAGCAAACAUGUUUAAUGUCAUGUAGGAUUUGUGCUAUACCAUAGCUGCUCAGAGAAUUUUAUUUCUUAUUAUUAGCUAGUGUUUAUAAGUGUUUAUUCUGUGCCAGGCACUGUGCUAGGGCUUUUAUAUAACAUUAACUUGACAAAUAUGCCAGCCUAAGAGGUAGGAAUUCUUAUUAUCACCAUUAUAGAAAUGAGAAAAAGAAGGCUUGGAAGGUUUAAAUAACUUGCCCAGGCUCACACAGCUAACAAACAAAAAAUGUAGCAGAGCUGGCAUUUGAACCUGUCUCCCCCAUACCAGUAACAGUCGUUAACACUACACCUUCUGCAGUUUUCAUGGUCCCAUAAUUGAGGCUAUGAGUUAAAUAACUGACACAUAAGUGGGGAAUGUGUUCUAGCUAAAAUUUAUAAUUAUACACAGUGAGGCUCUAACUUCUCAGUCUGAAAAAGAGGUUCCUUAAACAAGUAUAAACUUCCAAGUUCUUUUACUCACAAGAGGAGGAGGAGGCUGGGUUAAAGGUGAAGCACCAAGGAGACGAUUUGCUGCCCAUUUAGAAAUUUCCACCUUCCUUUCCACAAGGACACCUUCACACUCUAUAGCUCACUAAUCUGGUAGGUCCACCUGAUAGGAUCACAGUCUACAGAAUUUUCUGUCAAAAGAACGGGGAUUUCUUUGCAUCUACAGAGUAUUGGAUUCUUAUCAGGUUAAACUGGUCUUGCACUGUUCAACAGAGAACAAGGAAAGGAGAGGGCCUGCCCCUGACACCUGAAUGGCACAGAGUUGUGUUUUAUGCAGGAGAACUGGAUCUAAAGUCAGCUCAUAAGCAACAAAUGCAUAUGUCGAAAUUACUCUUGAAAAUUUCCUGAGGGAGGCACCGCGUUGUAGAUCCUAACUAACUCCUGUUAAGUUCCACUUGGGUGGUUGUUCCUCUGAUAUUGGAAUACAGUGGUUGAGCUCCAGAUGGCAUGACUUCAUUUUGCGUUUCAUACUGCUCAAAAGACAUUUUCUGCUGCUUACAUAAUAUUUUUUUACAAUUGGUCAGAUGAAAUGGUAGUAAUUCUCUGCCAUGUCUACAGCUGUUUGUGUGUUUCUAGAUCUG